AUGGGCAAGAGCAAAGACCAGCCCGAUGCUGGUCUGAGGAGUUUGAAUCACUACUCGAACCGACUGCCCCUGUGGCGCUACUGGCCUCGACAGCACCUCAUCCCAUUGAUUCGAUAUGAAACGCCCUAUCUCGCCUGGGUGCAGGAGAAAGUCCGCACGCCGGCUCUCGAUUCCUACUUCGCGUUCACGGCCAACCUCGGCACCCACACCUUUUUCAUGGUCUUCUUGCCCUUCCUGUUCUGGUGCGGCUCGCCCAGCAUGGGGCGCGGAUUGGUUCACAUCUUGGCGUCCGGCGUCUUCUGGAGUGGCUUCUUGAAGGACUUGCUGUGUCUUCCCCGGCCGCUGUCUCCGCCCCUGCAGCGCAUCACGAUGUCGGGGUCUGCGGCACUGGAGUACGGGUUCCCAUCGACACACUCAACGAACGCGGUUUCGGUUGCGGUCUAUGCGCUGGGUCUGCUCGGCUCGCCAGAAUCGACUCUCAGCGCCGAGGUCACCCUCCUUCUCCAGACGGUCACCUAUGUGUAUGUCGUGUCUAUCGUUCUGGGUCGACUGUAUUGCGGAAUGCACGGCAUGCUAGAUUGCACGGUGGGCUGUGCGAUGGGCGCGGCGAUUGGUCUUGUACAGUUCCACUACGGACCCGCGUUCGAGGAGUUUAUCGUGUCGGCAUCACUGAAAGAUAUUUCACUGCUUGCGAUAUUGAUUAUAUCCCUCGUUCGCGUCCACCCCGAGCCGGCGGAUGAUUGUCCAUGCUUCGACGAUAGCGUUGCGUUUGCCGGCGUCAUGCUUGGAGUUGAUGUCUCUUCGUGGCAUUUCGCGGAGAUUUGGGAUGGCUACCCCGCCGGCUCUAUCCCCUAUGACCUAGAGAAAAUCGGCUGGGUCAAGACCGCCAUCCGCUUGGUCCUGGGCGUUUUGUGUAUCUUUGCUUGGAGAACCGUGAUGAAACCCGCUCUACUUCGCAUCCUACCCCCAAUCUUUCGGACGUUGGAGAAGCUUGGUCUUCUCCUCCCCCGUCGCUUCUUCACCACUGCUUCGGAAUACACCACCGUUCCAUCGAACUUGAAGGACCAUGACGUUCUUCCCAACUUUUCUGAAAUCCCUAAUAUCAUGGCGACAAUGCGCCAUCCUCGCCGUCGAGCCAUUUCUGUCGGCCCACAGUCCGAAGCUGACGCCUAUGAGACCCUAGCAUAUAGAGAAAAGCGUCGGCGCGAAAGCCAAUCCGGGGGCAAUCGCGCUUCCCCGGUUGCUGAGGACGAGAACAAGCCCAACGGGACACCCGUGCUGUCUCGAAAGACCACCACACUUGACGAUUACGAAGGCAUGAUGGGACGAGGCAGUCCCAGCUCGUCGGGCGUCGAUGUGAGCCACAACGAGCGCCUGUCGCCUUUCCCUUCGUUGGAUCCCGAGCAGCGGGACGAGGAGGAGGUCUUCUCACAAAUCAAAAAGCCCCGUGUGAGAUAUGAUGUCGAGGUUGUGACCAAGCUGGUUGUCUAUGCUGGCAUUCCUUGGAUCGUGAUUGAAAUCGCACCCCUCCUGUUCCACCUCAUCGGCCUGGGGGUACCUGAAGCUUGA